UUCCGGUUCCGAUGGUGCGCUACAAACCUCUGCGCCGGGGAGUGGUAUCCCUUUUCCGGAAUCCAGUGCCGGAGACACAGAGUUCCAGAAUGGAGACUGAAGGGUACCCAGAGACAGAAGAAAAUAGGGAGGAAGUCAAGAAUAUUCAAAUAAGGUCACUACCCGAUGAAAUGAUGGCUGGGAAACCAGAAGUAGUCCUAAUACCAGCUCCCCGGGUCCAGGUUCCAGUAGAGUCUGCUGAGCUCCCACCUGAGAGCCUCCAUGAAUGUGCACUCGAGGACCUCGAGUUCAUCCCCCAAAGGAAUCCCCCCAAUCCUGCGGCCUCCCAGCAGAGGUUCAGGCAGUUCCGCUAUGAAGAUGCAGCUGGGCCAAGGGAUGUCCUAAGACAUCUCCAGGAGCUUGCAAGACAGUGGCUGAGACCUGACAUUCACACAAAGGAGCAGAUUGUAGAAGUGCUGGUGCAGGAGCAAUUCCAGGCUGUCCUGCCAGAGGAGCUCAGAGCUCGGGUGCAGAGAUGUCAGCCUGGGGUCAGAAUCACUGGCUAAGUCUCCCUGCUUGCUUCUUCCUCAGCCUACAUGUGAGGAGUAAACCAAAAAUUCUCUUUAUUGCCGGAUCCAACUGUAGCCAUGGGAAAUCUGAACCUAUUUUGGUUUUGUGUUUUGUUUUGUUCUUGUUUUUGUUUUUUCUUUUUGUAAUAGGAAUCAAUCAAAACCUGUAUCUGGACCUCUUGUUGACUGAGGCAGCUUUAUUUUCUGGGACACUGAACUCCAGGAAUUUCUCUGCACUCUUGUUGGGACAAUCAGCCUGCUGCUUCAGGCUCUAAGAGCUUGUUUUUGCUCUGCUGAAUGCUUCCUUGGUUGCACUUUGUGAUAGGCUUUUAAUAUGUUGCUUUUAUGUAGCCAAAGAUGUAAAAAGCUUUAACUUUCAGAAUUCAUGAUUCUUAAUGUGGUGGCAUGAAUGGAAACCUCUGUACCCCUGCUAGUAACUCAUUUGAGACACCCUUGAAAUACUAAAGUUUGGUCCUUAAUAAACAUAUUCUGUGGUGA